AUGUUUACCAACUACUCCUCCCUCGUUGCCUUCUUAGGCAUAAUUUGCCUCUUGCUAAACCUUACAUUCACGACAGCUGCCGAGGUUGGGUAUGGUCCUAAGUUCGACGCAUGUGGUGAUAAUUGCCAGACACAGAUGGUAUCGUUCUGCACCGUUGGGCACGACCAAGCUCAGAUGCGAGCAUGCUGGUGCGAGGAAGCACAAUACAUAAUUCGCAUGGAUGCCUGUUUGAGGACUUGCGAUCCAGCUGUUAGCAACAUCGAUGAACAGCGAGAUCAGCUACUCAGAUAUCGAAAUUUCGUAUGCGAACCAUCAACUGCUUCAGCGGAUACGGAGUUCACGGAGUACUAUCAAACUAGAUUUGCUAGUGUGGAGGGUGGUUUUGUGCCUGAGAUUACAAGAGGUAUUCCACCGCCGACUGCGAGCCCCCGAGACAUCCAGACCACAACAACUGAGACUAUGGCUUCGACCUCAACGCCAUUGGGGAGUGAUACUUAUACAAACCUCCUGCCUUCAUCUACCCUUACAACAAUUGUUAGGCCUACCAGUAAUAUAACUACCAGCCCAGUCUCUACUGCAACUGCAACUGCAUCCUCAUACGUAACCGCAUUACCCUCUACUGCAGCUGGCCCAACAAUGCUCAAAACUGGCCUCACCACUGUUCAAUUGGCUCUCAUAAUCUCGGGAGUGGCUCUCUUCUCAAUAAUACUGUCGAUAUCAAUACUCUACUAUACACGGCGCCGUGAGCCACCCAAACGCCCUAUCUGGAAUCCUCCACCACCACCACCACUUCCUCGUCCGUCUCCAACAAGCUUUAUAUACUACCAUCCUACCAGUCCGCCUCCAAUCUUCCUCUCUCCCAGUCGCAAGAGUUUCGAUCUUGAUCUUCAACCUCAUGCGAUCACCACAUCCACAUCUUCAUUCUACUCCCGUGACAGCGAAAGCGUGAUCUCACCUCCCAGCCGUGGAAGAGGCCGUUACACUUACUUCCCACCAAGAGAAUCGCCAAUGCCUUCACCUGAACUAUCCGACUUCAACAGAUACUUCCAGCCACCACCACAACCUCCUCCUCCUCCCCCUAGUUCGUCCUACUUCUCUGUGACGCCCCUCACAACACCAGCUGUACCGGCAUCGUCACCCGCGCCCUCCGUAUCGCAGAUAACCUCCGCUUCCGCAAUUGCUGCAGCAAUCGCAGCAAACCAUAGAAAGAGCCGUAAUUCCUCACAUACCCUCAUUGAUGCCGAGCCACAACAGGCAGUAGUGCAGGGUGCCGUGGGACGAAACACGAGCAGAAGUAGAAGCAGAGGCGGGUUUGAUACAAGAAGGAGCAGUAGGAGAAGAGAUACUGGGAUUGAGAGCGAGUGCUGCUAUGGAUAUGAGUGCGAAGAGGAUGAUUGUAACGCUAGCUGUGAGAGUUGGAGUGAGAGGGGCAGUUGCUAUUGGUACGAGGAGGAUGCGAAUUGGUGGGAUUUGAGGGAGUCGCAAGUCAUGGGACCCGUACUUGGAGCUAUGGAUUCUUGA